CCGGUUGCAGUUUCGCGGCAAAUUUGUGAUCGGUUCGCGGAAAAAAAAUAUUCGCUGCUUGCUGCAUUCUUAUUCCUCCAUGAUUGAACGGAAGGAUUUCCAAAGUUCUUGUGUAGGCCCUAUUCGUAAAUAUAUUUCUUUUAUUUAAAAGUAUAACCGCACACAAAGAGGAUAACGAUGAAGUUAGAUACACCCGAGAUAUCAUGGCACGGUCGGGAGCCCAUCUACAGCGUGGACUUCCAACCAUGCAAUCCCAGCACCAGUAAGAAGGAACCCAGACGACUGGCCACCGCAGGGUGUGGAACAGACAGCAACUUACGAAUCUGGUACAUUAAGAUCAACAAUGAGGGAAAGGCAAUGGCAGAGUUUGCCUCUAAUCUGUCUAGACACACCAAGUCUGUCAACGUGGUGCGUUUCUCUCCUGAUGGCCAGAUUCUCGCGUCUGGUGGAGAUGACUGCCUGGUCAUCUUGUGGAAGUUGACAGACACCCAGGGAGGCAGUUCAGCGUUUGGCAAAGAAGACGAAGAAUGCAAAGAAGGAUGGACUGUACUCAAGAUGCUCAGAGGUCACUUGGAGGAUGUGUAUGACCUUUCCUGGUCCCCUGAUGGUAACCGUUUGUUGUCAGGAUCGGUCGAUAACAGCGCCAUCAUUUGGGAUGUAGUCAAAGGUGAGAAGCUUUUCAUUUUUAAAGACCAUCGUAGUUUUGUCCAAGGCGUGACCUGGGACCCACUGGGGAAAUACUGCGCCACUCUCAGCUGUGAUAGGUCUCUUCGUUUGUACAACCUAAAGAACAACCGAUGUGCAUUCAACAUUAUCAAGAUGUCUCUAUCUACCACCACCAACAAUGGAGAGGGCAUUACGAAGCAGUGUCGCAUGUUCCACGACGACAGCAUGAGGUCCUUCUUCCGUCGGUUGACCUUUAGCCCCGACGGUCAGCUUCUGAUCGUACCCUCUGGUUGCCUGGAGACGGGCGACGCGUCGUCCUCGUGCAACACCACCUACGUGUUCACACGAUCCUCAGUUCCAAGACCAGCUGUGCACCUACCUGGGUCAUCUAAGGCCACAUUAGCCGUCCGCUGUUGUCCUGUGUUAUUUGAACUACGCAGACCUGCCGAGGAAACGCAAGAUGAAAAAGAAAGUUCAGCAAAGGAGGAAUCAAUGGAUACAUCCGAAGCCACUUGCCAAAAGAAUGAGCCCACACAGGAAGAGAAGGCUGAUGCUGUGAAGCAAACAGCGCCCUCUACCGACUCGGUCAAAAGCAGCGAAGAACCUCAGUCUCUGUUUAGCCUGCCGUACAGAAUUGUCUUUGCUGUUGCUUCCGAGGACAGCAUUCUUUUGUAUGACUCCCAGCAGACUAUUCCAUUUGCGUUCAUCUCCAACAUCCACUACCACCAACUGAGUGAUGUGACGUGGUCAGCCGAUGGUCGAAUCUUAGUUGUUUCCUCAACGGACGGUUUCUGCUCAUUGGUCGCGUUUGAGGAAGGUGAAAUUGGUGUUCCUUACAAAAAAGCACAAGUGGUUCCCCUGGCAACGGUGGGGUCAAAGGUCACUGCACCAACUGAAGUGUCAUCUGCUAAACUUGCAACCAAUCAAAUUCUGCCCGGCCAGGUACCAGCCAGCCAGCACCAGCCAGUGACCAAUGAGACAACGGCAGGGAUGAAUAUUCAUAAGGUCACAGCCAAUCAGGGAGGGAGUGUGCCUGUGGUUGCUAAGGUGGAGCCCAGGAGGAUAUCUCUGACAACACUCGGCACCAACACUGCACCAAAAGCAACAGGAAGUUGUCCACAGCCGAGACGCAUCUCAACCACGCUGCUGGCUAGUCCGCCCUCCAGUCAACCUAGUCCACGCCCUCCGGCAUCAGCCAAUCAGAGCCCAGUAUCUGCUGGCCACAGCGCCCCCAGUGGGCAAGCACAGGCACUCCAGAAAUCACCCCAAGGUGUGCAACCAAGACGUAUCCAGCUUACCUCGUUAUCGUCAUCCAAACCUCCAACCAGUGAAGUACCCCCAACAAACAAAGACGUUCCUGCACCAAACUCUUCAACAGCUAUCACAAAUUCAAUUUCCUCUAAAACCGAUGUCAUACCUACAGAUUUAGCUUCCCCAGGAAAGAGAAUGGCAGAAUCCAUGCAAGACAACAGACAGAUUGAGGAGGCUGUUAAAAUGCCACAGGGUGACACUCCCAUGGAAGGUGUUACUGAAUCUGCACAAGAAAGCAGUGACAAGGAAGUCAUCGUGAUAAACUGAGAAAAGCCCGAUAAAAAUGUUCUGAUAAAUCUUGUCUUUUAAUAAACUGUACAAAGUUAUGUUACAACUGUGACGUAUAAAAAAAGGUUAGGUCUGAAAAGGUAAACCUCUAUGUACUGUCAGGUACUUCAAUUUUGUUUUCAGCCAGAACGCUUUGCACAAAAUGGUUUGUUCUUGGGAGUAAUAUAAAAUUGCUCUAUGGUCAAAAGUGGUGCUCAAAUUACUGUGAAGUUAUUCUAAUAAGGCUUCUAACAAGGCUUAGAAUAUUGAAAGUGCUUCAAAUGGUGCUUUUAUGAUUGCAGUUUUGCUAGUUACAAAACCUUGAUUUAAAAAAAGAACCUUGAAAGCUAUACAUAACAUUUUCAGUGAUUUUGAGAAAUAUGACAACUUUAUAAAAAGUUAGGUAUGUUAAUUCCAACUGAACAUGUAUCAAAAAACAUUGGCCUCUAUUUAGUAUACUAUUUAACCAUUUCAAAUUUAGGCAUGUAUUUUUUACAUGUGCAUAAUAACUUAGUUCCAAUGUUUCAGUUUUAUCUGCAAACAAUAAAGACAGUUCAAACAUAA